GAAUUCUGUCUUUCAACCCGGCCUACUUCCGCUUCCGUAUUUGAGCAAUACGUCAUCAAUACCGUACAGCCAUUGCUAUGACGUUUCCUACAUUCACCUGCAGAAACCAACUGAAUGUGAAUGGUUUACACAAAAACAGUACAUGUACAUCCUUUGUCAUGGAAAAUUCAAAUCUGUCAAGAAUACCAGAAAAAAGAUAUUCAGACUUUGAUGAUCAAGAGAAGGAAAAAUCACACAAGUGUAUGAAAUUUGACCAAAAUGAAAGAAAUAGAAAUCAAAAUAACGCCAGUAUGUAUGACAUGACAAAGUGUACAGAGACCCAGGAAGGUGGAGAAUUGGUGAAGAGCGGAAAUCUUAACCUUCAGAAACAAAUUCCCAGCUCCAGUGGAUCAGUAAUUUCAUGUAUGUGUGGAAAAGCACCAAAAACUACAUGCAAUUUACAUGCUGAAGACAGACAAAGCGAUCGAUAUGUUCAGUAUACAGAGCUCGAGAAGCUCCAUGUGGAUGUUGGAGGGUUGAACAAUUGUGGAAAUAAGAAUACGAUUCAACGUAAAAAUAAAACGUUCCAUAUUAAUGAUCUGCCACGAUUUUUAUUUCUGCACAUGCUUACUAAUUUCACUGUUCCACAGUUACUGAAUUGUGUCAGCCUGGUAUGCAAAUACUGGUAUGAAUUGUGUUAUGACUCAUCACUGUGGAGAGUAAUUAAUCUGGAAGAUUACAAAAUGUUACCAGAUAAAGCCUUGUUAAAGUUGACUAAUAUCAGUGACAAUGUGAUUUACUUGAAUGUUAGUGACUGUAGGAAGGUAACAGACAAUGGUGUAGUUGCCAUGGCGAGGCAAUGUCCAAAUCUACAAGAACUUGUAGCGAUAAGAUGUACUCAGCUGACUGUUUUGUCAUAUAGUGCUAUUGGAGAAUAUUGUCAUAAAUUACACUGUAUUAAUGUAUCUGGGAACAAAACAUUCAGCAAUGAAUGCUUGAAAAAGAUUGCCAUGGGUUGUCCUGAUUUGACAGAGAUCAGAUUAAAUAGUUGUAUUAAUGUUGACGAUGAUGGUAUAGAAACAUUGGCACAUUUUUGUCGCAAACUGAAAGUUGUUCAGUUACUAGAAAACAGAAAGGUCACUGAUGCUUGUUUACCUUCACUGACCACAAAGUGUAAACUAUUAGAAAUACUGUGUCUGCAUGCUUGCAGUGUUACCAGCAAAGGUGUUAUGGAAGUGGCAAAAUGUAACAAUUUAACAAAUCUUGAUAUCAGUGCUCUUUCUAAUGUAAAUACAAAGACAAUUAAAUUUGUGGUACAGCAAUGUAAACAGCUGACGACAUUGAAUAUGUGCUUGACUAAGCAAGUUGAUGAUGAAUGCAUUAACUCAAUUGUGAAAUCUGCUAAGAAGCUCAGAGAACUGUUCUUGGUAUCCUGCUCUGUUACAGAUGAAGCAUUGAUCAGUAUUGGAAAGCAUAGUCACAGUAUCACCCAUGUAGAUGUUGGUUGGUGUCAUGGAAUCACAGAUAGAGGAGUGAGAGAAAUCUCAUCAACGUGUACACAACUUAAGUAUCUAGGACUGACACGUUGUGAUCAAGUACAGCACAGCACAGUAGAAAACUUGGUUAAGCAAUCACCUCAUAUACACUAUAGUACAUUCUUGCUGGAUAGUAAGAGAUUGCUUGAUGAGGCAAAGAAAAAAGGAUUCGUAUUCAAUUCAGGAAACGAGGACAGCCAGUGAUUCCCUGUGUUCAGUUGAAUCUUGUUUAAAGAUGUUAUUUGAAUUUUUCCAGAACUAUGAGGAUGAUUGGACCAUGUGACAUGAUUACUAACAAAGGACCUGAGAUUGUUUCUUUGUCUUCUGUGGUGAGAUUGAUU